AUGGAGGAUACACAUGAGAGUGACAACCAGUAUGUUUUUUCUAAUAAUAUUCUUCGUCAUUUAUCUUACAUUAGUGGCCCCCUGGAUGGCAUUGAAAAGCUUGAGGCCUCAAAUAACAUCAAAGGUUUACGAACUUUCCUGUUAUUGAUGAUGCAAGGGAAGGAAUCCUUUUACUUGCCCCGUGAACAAAAAGCUUUUAUUCACCCUAAGCUUGCGUUUCACGUAAAGAAAAAUCACGAUUCCUCUUGCAUAGAGGAAGCUGUUAUUCAUCCUAAGUUGUGGAAGUUACACUGUUUAAGGGUUUUAUCUUUGCACAUAUUUUGCAUUCGGGAGCUGCCAAAUCAAAUUGGAGAUUUGAAGCAUCUACGUUACCUUGACCUUUCCUACACUUGUAUUGAAAGUUUGCCUGAAUCAGUGAGUACUCUUUACAAUUUACAAGCACUUGUACUAGAGGGCUGUGCUCGUCUAAGAAAAUUAUGUGCAGACAUAGGCAAUCUAAUCAAUCUACAUCAUGUCAAUAUUUUCAAAGUAGAUUCAUUGGAGCAAAUGCCUUUAAGGAUCAGUAAAUUAACUGGUCUCCAAACACUGUCUAAGUUUGUUGUGGGGAAAGGUGUUGGCUCUGGAAUAGCAGAGUUGAAGUCCUUAACUCACCUAAGGGAGAGGCUUCACAUUUCCAGGUUGGAGAAUGUUCAUGAUGCUAAUGAUGUUGAGGAGGCUGACUUAAAUGGUGAGGAGAACCUCAAUGAGCUAGUUUUGGAAUGGAAGUGCAGUGGUGUAAUUUCAAAGCCAGGGGAAACUCAAAUGCAGGUACUUGGCAUGCUACGACCUCAUCAAAAUAUGAAAAAACUCAUUAUCAGAGGCUAUGAUGGUAUAAAAUUUCCAACUUGGUUAGGAGAUUUCUCAUUCUCAAAACUAGAGUGUUUAAAAUUCCAAUAUUGCCGCAAGUGUAUUUCCCUGCCAUCAGUAGGGCAACUGCGCUCCCUCAAGGACCUUGUUUUCAAGGGAAUGAAUGGAGUAAAAUGCGUGGGUUUAGACUUCUAUGGAAAUGGUUUCUCAGCCCCUUUUCCAUCACUUGAAAUUCUCCAUUUUCUUGACAUGAAAGAAUGGGAAGAAUGGGUUCCUCAUAGACCUAGUGAAGAAGUUGAAUGCUUUCCUCAGUUGCGAGAGCUUCGUAUUAUACGGUGUCCAAACUUGCGAGGAAGAUUGCCGAAAUGUCUUCCUUUAUUGAAUAAGCUUGUCAUUGAAAAAUGUAAGAAAUUCUCGGUUUCAGUUCCAAGUUUUCCAGCACUUCGUGAAUUAAAAAUUGAAUGGAUCAAAGAGGAAUGGGAUUACACCAAGAUAUUGCUCUCUCCAUCCUCCACUGUUUUCCUUGAUGACAGAGGAAGAAGAAGAGCAAGGACAGAAAGGGUUGCCCUGCAGACUCCAUAUCUGGAAUUGGGGAAAUUGAAUGCCUUGACAAGCUACCACAAGGAUUGCACAAUCUUUGUUCCCUUAGAGAUAUAUCUAAGGAACUGCACAAAUCUUGUUUCCUUUGCAGGAAUUGGCGUUCCUUCCCAGCUGAAAUCCAUCAGAAUUGAGAAUUGCAAAGCUCUGGAAUCUUUUCCUGAGGCAUUGAUAUCCAGCAGCAACAUAUCUCUUGAAACAAUUGUCAUUGAGAAGUGUUUAAAUCUUAAAUCUUUACCUGAUGACAUGAACAGGCUGACCAGUCUUCAAAAGGUUAUAUUACAGAAUUGUUCAAGCAUUGUCUGGUUUCCAGAAGGAGGCUUGCCUUCCACGAAACUGACAGAGCUCCGGAUUAACGGCUGUGAGAAACUGAUGGCCUUACCGAAAACAUGCACAACCUCUCCUGUCUUCAAGAAUUGA